UCGAGUGCAAAAUAAAUGGAACCAAAAAGGAAGCAGCCCGACCCGACCAGUCAAAUGAAACGUGUGCGCCAGCAGAUACAAUUGGCCAAUGUCCAGGAGCUGAUCCAAAAGAUGACGCAGCGCUGCUUCCGCACGUGCAUCGUGCGCCCGGGGCCCAACCUGAGCGCCAGCGAGCGGACCUGCCUCACCAACUGCGCGGAUCUGUUCAUGCUAGCGGUUAAGCGAGUGUCGCAGCAAUACUUCAGGCGCAUGCAGCGCCAGCAGCAGCAGCGACGCCUGGCAAGAUUGCAGCAGUGCCAGGGCAAGGCCUGCCAAGCUUCGCCCAACUUUGUCUAG